AAAUUGAAGUCUAACUUGGCAAGUCUCACACCUGAAAGCAAUAGUGCUGUUGUACAGGCUUAUAGGAAAAGAUGCUGUCCAGUGUACCUGGGUGGAAGCUCUUCACCGUGUGGCAUAGGAACAAAUAUUUCAAAAAGAACUUGUGAUCAGCUACGUUGUACUGCUUGUGACUUCCGUGUGUCACUGUUCAAUGACUACAUCUGGGAUCAGUCCUGUGAUUAUCUUUUUUUCAGGAAUAACAUGCCUGAGCUCAGUAAACUAAGAGCGAAGAUGAUAAAGAAGAAAGGAGCACGAGCAUAUGCUUGUCAGUGCAGCUGGAGAUCCAUCGAUGAAUUAACUGACCUCCAAACAGACCAGCAGCUUCGGUGGGUUUGUGGUAAACAUGCAGAAUGA